CGAACUAGGUCCCAACACAGGCAAAGCACUUGGUCCGCUUGCCAUGGGGUGUCGGGGCCGCGGCCCUGCGGCGGCCGAGCAUGAGCAGGCAGAUGCUGGCGCUCAUCUGCCUGGCCAGAUUGGACCCCCUCCAGGCCGCAGGGAACUGUGCGAAGCUCGCGGGCUGCAUCAACAUGGAAGGCGGAGAUCAGGUUCGGCCCAUCCUGACGGGCGAGCAGAGCUUCACCGAGGCUGACGGCAGCUGCACCUUCGGCCACGUGGCCCAGGACGCAGAGUGCAAGCCAGGCCCGGGGUGUGGCUACACGCUCUUCGAGUGCCUUUGCAUUAGCCGGGAGAUUGCAGAGAUGAACUCCCUGGGGGCGCGCCAGGCCCGGCUCCUUUGCGGCGCCGCGGCGGCCGUGGUGUCCUGCGGCGUGUGGCUCUGCGUCUUCUUGGCGAGACGCCCGUGCCAGCAUCGCGCCAGAAUCAUGCCGGGCGGUAUCUUCCCCGAGACCAUAGGCUCUUCGGAUCGCUUCACACCCGUCUGUGUGGAGCAGGCCCCGGUCAUAGCGGAGGAGAUGGCGAAGCAACCGAAGAAGUGGGAUAUGCUUACCUGGACAUUGGUGGGUGCUUUACCUGCCAUUUGCAUGGCCGUAGGCGUUGCCGUGAUCAUUUCCGGCCUGUCCAUUCAGGUUGGUGAGUACUACAAUGGCUGUCGCAUCUGAGAGCCGGUCAAUCAGACCAUCCUGCGAACAAUUCCCUGCAGCAGUUUCGAAGGGCCCGACUUGGCCCGGGUGGCGCACGUGUUGAGGCAACACCUCAGUUGAAUGUCCACCCGAAAGAACAAAACACCUUCCAGCCCAGCUGGAAAGGAGAAAACACAACGUCAUGC